CCGGGAGAGGAGGAUCACAUGCUGACAAACACUGAAAUUACAACAUUGGACACUGCAUUUCGCAAAGUCAUUGAACUUUGAGCUCACUUGCAGUCCAAGGGAAGCCAUGCAGGAUGAAGACGGAUACAUCACUCUAAAUAUUAAACCUCGAAAACCAGUUCCUACCUCAGAUGACCCUGCUUCCUCUUUUUGGUGGCGUGUGAUGGCUUUAAUUCUGCUGAUCUUGUCUCUGGGGAUGGUCAUUGGGCUGGUAGCUCUGGGAAUUAUGUCUUUCACACAGCAAAAUUACCUGCGAGCUGAGAAUGAAAAUCUCUCAGGAACUCUGCAACAACUAGCAAAAAACUUCUGCCAAGAUUUAAUAAGACAAUUAGAACAAAAGCAAAGGGGCAGUUACGAUCAUAAAUGCAGCCCUUGUGACACAAAUUGGAGAUAUUAUGGAGAUAGUUGCUAUGGAUUCUUCAGGCACAACUUGACAUGGGAAGAUAGUAAGCAGUUCUGCACUGACAAGAAUGCAACUCUUAUCAAGAUUGCCAACCAGAAUAUUCUGGAAUACAUCAAAGCCAGGACUGUUUUAAUUCGUUGGGUUGGAUUGUCCCGCCAGAAUUCUAAUAAGAUCUGGAUGUGGGAAGAUGGUUCAGUUCCUCCCAAAAAUAUGCUUGACCUUUCUGGAGAUAGAAGAGAAAAUAUGAAUUGCGCUUAUUUUCAUAAUGGGAAAAUCCGCCCUACCUUCUGUGAGGACAAACAUUAUUUAAUGUGUGAGAGGAAAGCUGGCGUGGCAAAGGUGGACCAACUACUUUAAUGCAAAAACAGGGACAGGAUA